AGUCAUAUGGUAAGGUCACGCGCUGCUCUGCAGUUACUCGUGAGUCAAGGGCAGCAGCAGUCCUCGUCCAGCGCGAGAUACUUCGUAAGAGCUGCAGCGCAGUCGUAUGCACGGUAUGGAGCUGCUGUUGCAGAUGAUGGUGGUCGCGCUUACGCUGGCGGUGGUUUCGCAGCCAGUGCGCACGUUCCCUCAGGAACAAGAGGUCAGAAGCGAGGAUCCGGUCACCUCCAACUCAGCUUGUCGUUGCAAUGGCCAUAGUACUUGUGCAAAUGGAACAAGUAUUUGCAAUCAACCCUGUGGAAAUUUCACACGUGGUCCACACUGUGAACAAUGUGUAAGUGGCUAUUACGGGAACCCAGUUAAUGGAGGAAAAUGCAUCCCAUGUGAAUGUAAUGAUCAGGCUGCUGAAUGUCAUCCAGACACAGGAAAGUGCUUUUGCACAACAAAAGGCAUUGUUGGUGACCACUGUGAGCGCUGUGACCCUUAUAACCAUUACUUUGGAGAUCCCACAAAUAAAGGCUCCUGUUUCUAUGAGCUCACAAUAGACUAUCAAUUCAUGUUCAAUAUAUCAGGCAAGAACAACCACCAUUAUACACAGAUUAAUUUUAGAAAUAGUCCAUCAAACCCUGCUGUUGACGCUGAAUUUCGUAUUGCUUGUUCAGUUCCAUCAAAGCUGAACAUCACCGUGAAGACUGCUGAUGAUGUAGAGAGACCAAUACUGACCAAUCAUAACUGUACAUUCAAUCAACACAGCUACUGGUUCAGCAAGGCUGAAUAUAAAUUUGGCGCUUUGGGUAAUGUUACACUGACAACUUUCUAUGUCUAUGUGUAUGAUUUUCGCACACCAUUGUGGAUUAAGAGUUCCUUCUCACAACCUAAAUGGUGGAAAUUGCUGUAGUUCUUUAUCACAUUUUCAGUGUAAGCUGUUAGUUUUUUAUUUUAUAUCUGAAAUUUUUUAAUGUUAAAUGUGACAUGUUACUUAAAUGAUGAACUUAUAAAAUAAAUAUAAAGAAAAAUUUAUGUUCUCGCAUACACGGUAUAUAGAUUUCCUUAUUUUUGAGUUUGAUGUUAAUUUUUUCAGCUGCCCUGUGGAGCAUCAAAAUUUAUAUUCGUUCAUAUAUUGUCAUAUUGUUUUUCUAAAUAAGAAUGAAAUCUUGUAAAAAGAAUAGAAUGUUUAUUUGCAUGAUGUUUGGACUUCAUGUAUUUGAAUUGUAUGUUAUUCUGUAGAAAUUAAUUGGCUCUUAUUUCGCUAUGAGUUUUGAUUGAGCCAUGUAUUUUAUGUGCAUGUUGUUCUUUGUCAUCAUUUAAUAUUUCUCAGUUUCCUUCAUAUGAAAAUUCAGCUACUGGACUGAUAUAAUAUAUUAUUGUUUUGUUCCUUCUGUUAUUAUUAUUUUACUCAGAUUGAAUUUAUUCUUUCUAAUAGCCAAUUUAUGGUCAUGUCAAUACGAAUUUGUAUAUAAAUGUAAACUGAAAACAUUCUUGGGCUACCUGCCAUGGCGAGUAAGUUAAGCAGGCUUGCAGUUAACAUGAAAGUGCAUUUGAGUAUUUUUGCUUGCCUGUAUGAUGUGCUUUCAGAGUUAAGAAAUGCAUGCUUUUAACACUUCAAAUUAGUGAUGUACAACAGUCUGAAGUAAGAAAUACACGGUAACAUAACUACAGUGUCA